CGGCGGAGUGAUCCGUCGCCGUGAUACGCGAUCUUUGGUCUCGCACUUAUCAGCGUGGAAACUUAAAAAAUCUAUUCGUCCAACUGUAACCUGAGGGUCCACCUCCUCCUUCUAACGCUGCGGACCCGGAGCCAGACUCGAGCCUGUGGCUAUCGAUCACUGCACAUGUCACAAGCAGGAGGAAGUGGACUGGCAGUCUGAGACGGAUCUUUAAACACAAGUUAAAUACAGUCGGCUCUGUUAAAAAAAAAAGAAAAAAAAAAGUGAAGCAACAUUAACGAUAUGCCUCUCCGGGUGGUAAUGCAGGGUCCUGGACCCUGGGGAUUCAGGCUGGUUGGGGGAAAGGACUUCGAGCAGCCACUGGCUAUUUCCCGGGUCACCCCUGGGAGUAAAGCAGCCCAGGCCAACCUGUGUAUCGGAGACAUGAUCUUGGCUAUCGAUGGAGAGCCGACCGAGACCAUGACUCACUUGGAAGCGCAGAACAAGAUCAAGGGAUGCAUUGAGGAGAUGGUGCUCUCCAUAGACAGGUCAGAAACUAAAAUGUGGUCGCCACUUUCAUCCGAGGAAGGGAGGACACAUCCAUACAAGAUGAAUCUUGCAUCAGAGCCACGGGAGGUGAAACACAUAGGCUCGACCCACAACAGGAGUGCCCUGCCGUUCACUGGUUUUGGCUCCAAAGUUGUGACUAACCAGUACAACAGCCCCUCUGGUCUCUACUCUUCAGAGAACAUCAAGAACUUCAACUCGGCUGUGGACGGGGUUAAGACCAUAGCUACAGCCAAUGAUCCCGACGACAAAGCUCCAUCAGACCCGUCAAAGACAGGCAAGCGGCCGCCUGUGGCAGCAGAUUCAGAGGUGUACAAGAUGCUGCAGGAGAACCAGGAGUCCGAUGAGCCUCCUCGACAAUCAGCUUCAUUCAAGGUGCUUCAGGAGAUUCUCGAGACAGGUGACUCUGACAAACCAUCAGGGUUCAGGAGUGUGAAAGCACCCACAACAAAGAUCGGAUCGUCAGUGGGGAAUGCAGAGAAGUUACCCAUCUGUGACAAAUGUGGAUCUGGGAUUGUGGGGAUGGUGGUGAAGCUGAGGGACAAGUUCCGUCACCCCGAGUGCUACACCUGCACAGACUGCGACGUCAACCUUAAACAGAAGGGACAUUUCUUUGUGGAGGACCAGAUUUAUUGUGAGAAGCACGCACGGGAGCGAGUGACUCCGCCUGAGGGCUACGACGUGGUCACAGUCUUCCCCAAGUAGAGUGCUCGCUUAGCUCAGCCUGGGACUGAACACCACUAUAGGACACCAUGACAUAAUCCAAGACACAACAUUUAGCUCAUGCUACUCCUGAGACUAUAAAAUUGUCUUCUCUUGCAUUCUGAUUCAGUACAGUCACUGGUAGGCAGGAAAGUAAAGAACUACAGGUUUCAAAAUGUUGAUUUGCACAUUAACUUUGGCUUCUACAACAGGAAAGUGAAUGAAUACUAUGAGAUGAUGACAUUCAUUUUUCACUCCCUAAAAAAUAUUUUCUAUUUGAAUGACAACGACUAUGUUUUUAACGAUGUUUGUCUUUGUACAUGUUCAUUCUGCUCUUUUUGAAUCAUGGAAACAGUGGAAAGCCAGACUACUUUUCACCCCCAAGAGAAUACCUGUUUUCUACAGUUUUAUUAAAUAAAUAGACCUACUUUUAUGCAGCAAAAUAGCUCAAAACACAUUUGAAUAUCAUUGCCAAAUAAAUACUUUAGCUUAAACCA